AGAGGAGGGGGUAUAAGACAGAGAGAGGAAAGGCAACGCGGAGACACGGGGCAGUGGACGCCUUCAAGUCACGAGGUUCAAAGGGCAGCUGAGCGGAUCGGCCUUGGCGGCGCUGCCCUCGAGUCUCGAGCGACUAUAUUUGGCCGUGAAGGACGACGACCACUACCAGGAUCUUCUUCCCGCCCUGUCCUCUCUCCAAGGGCGGCUUCCACAGCUGCAAUGGAUUGGUUUGCACGUGCCUGCGGGUCUGGACGCGGCUUCGCUCCGGCCUCUGCCCGGCGUGGAAUUUCCUUCCUUAUGGGUGAGCGGCGUCGAGGAAGCGACGGUCGAGGGGGCGAGUCGGGUCGUCGCGGCGCUGCAGCCCUCGGAAGGGUACUUCCAGCUCUUCUUCCCUGGGGCGUCCGAGGGGGAGGCUCUCGCUCGCCUCGUGGAGCAGCUCGGCCGCGAGGGAGUCCGGGUCAGGGGGGGAGUGCAUGCUUCUCCCGAAAUCGACGGAGGAAGAGCAGGGCGGCUGAGAGGCCUCGUGGAAGGGGGUUGGGCUGUGGCUUUGUGACGUGAGUGAGCUGGCUUCUUUCUUU